AUGAAAGGAGUUGUCGGAUUGGAAAACUAUCCAAAGUUUAAAAAAUACGACUUGACACAAGAGUUUCCUACCGACCACGAAAAGAUUAAUGAUUUGUUCGCACAAAGGGAUCAAGUAUACAACCUUUGUUUCAACAGCCACUUCGACGAGAUAGGGAGUAUGCUGGCCGAGGGGAAUGUUCCACCUAUGUAUGCGGAGACAGCACCCGGAACAAGGUAUGACAAUUCCUACGACUGCGGAUGGGACGAUCCUAGUUCAGCCAAGUCAGCGGAAGAUCCCUAUGAUUGUGGGUGGGAUCAUCCUAUGGAUGAUCAAGGCAUCCCGCAAUCAUGUGGGUCAGUGGAAGAUGCUUAUGACUGCGGUUGGAAUCAUCCUAUGGAUGAUCAAGCCAUCCUGCAACUGGGUGAGUCGGCGGAAGAUGCCUAUGAUUGUGGAUGGGAUCAUCUGAUGGAUGACCAAGCCAUCCUGCAAUCGGGUGAGCCAGCAGCAGAUGCCUAUGAUUGCGGAUGGGAUCAUCCGAUGGAUGAUCAAGGCAUCCAACAAUCGGGUGAGUCAGCGGCAAAUGUUCAUGACUGUGGAUGGCAUUCCAUUUUGAACGAUGAGCCAGUUAUUGGUCAUGUGGAUGGGUCUGUUGAAGAUCCCUAUUACUGUGGAUGGGACAACCCUAUGAAUGCGAUGGAAGCCUCUUCAAAUGUGAGGAGGAAUAUGUUGGCAUAG